CACAAGCCGUAUUGUUGCAAAUUUCCUAAGAGGGGACAAACAUAGACAGAACCUGCAGCCUAAUUUUAGAUUUCCGUCUCUCACGAUUCGCGUCUCCAUUUCACGCGACAAGAAAACAGGUCUCGUAUGCUAAAUGCUAUAUUAAAUAGACCGAUCUCUCUCUAAUUUGUCUAAUUACGGAAUGUCUCUGAUGAAACAAGGAAAGAUCUCGCUCGACAAGUUUCGCCAUGUUGUGCGCGACGUCGUCUCGCAAGAGCCGUUCACCACUCGAUUCGCAAAUCUGUCCGCCUCGGGCGACAGACGAGGAAUGAUCGAGAUGUUCGUCGACGUGCCCCACGUGACGGGUCUGAUAACGAACGAUUCUUAUCGGGGUAAGAACGAGGCGCAGGCCGCGGAAUUGUACGGGGUGUCGCUUCGGGCAACGGCGCAGCCGGACGAUGAGCACGCGAACAACGAGACGCGAACGUGUAACAUUCUGACGAAAGCACUGUAUGCGGCCAAUGCCGACGGUAGAGUGUUUCUAGACGCGAUCUGCGAACGCGCUAGGCGUUCCUAUAAUCUGCGUGCUUACGCGAGCUGCCUGCGAGACUGCGAGUGCAUGCUGGCGCUUCCUGCGAGUUUCUACGACGACUCCGCGGAGAGCGUCAGGUACUACGUACAGCGUAAAAAGGAAUGUCUUCAGCUAGAACGGGAGUGUUCGAGAAAAUUCGAACCAUCGUCCUCGAAAAAGCACAAUAACCGUGGCAGGACGUCGUCUUCUUCCUCCUCCUUCUCUUCCUCUCUUGUUUCUUCUUCCGGUAGCGCGUUGUCGCCGCUGGGGAAACGCACCGUCGCGACGCCCACCGUCGACGGCAAACCCCAUACUUAUCUCGCGUGCUGUUCGGAUAGCGUCGAGCUGCGGUGCGACAAGAUCAGAGGUCGGCAUCUCGUGGCUACAAGAGACAUCAGACCUGGGGCUGUACUCAUUGUCGACCGACCGUUUUCCUUUAGCACGGACGCACCGGCUCUCGGCAGAAAUUGUUUGCAUUGCCAUGCCACACUUAAAUUAGAAGACAGCGUUAAAAUCCCGUGCCGUAAUUGCCAAACAGUGUCCUUUUGCACGGAAACGUGCCGCAGAGAGGCGUGGGAAACGUAUCAUCGGUACGAGUGUUUGAUAUUUGAUUACUUUCUCGAGGAUUUCUUGAGCAACGAGUGUCAAACAUCUCGUCUGUUGCUGGCUUACCGCACGACAGUCGCGCAAGCGUUGCGAGGCAGCGCGGAAACAAAGUGCGUCUUGAAUCCCGACUUCCUGCGAUAUCACGCUAACGGCAACGCGACGAAUAAGGACGAAGACGUAGACGAGGAAUGCGCGGAACUGGGAUCGAAGAAGCCGUAUCGUCCUCACGAUUAUCGGACCGUCUUCCAACUGGAGACCCACUGCGCCGAUAUGGAACCCAGCGCGAAUCUCGUCCUAACGAUCGAAGCGAUUUUCCUCGCGAAGUGUCUGACUCACGUUCUGAAAAAACUGGACGUUAUCUGCACGAAGGAAACGUUCGUCUCGAUAGCCGUGGCCAUGUUGCAUCAUCUGCAGGCGAUCAACUGCAACGCGUACGAAAUUGUCGAGAGUGUUUACGACGAGAAAACGCACGUCUGGGAGCCGAGAAACGUCGGCGGUGCGAUCUACACCACGGUCAGUCUGGUGAAUCACAGCUGCUAUCCGAAUGUGGUUCGUCAUUCUUAUCCGAACGGUGUGGUCGUGGUCAGAGCCACGCGAUUCAUCGGCAAAGGAUGCGAGAUGCUCGACUGUUACGGGCCCAACUUUCUCAGCGAGAGCAGAUUGGUCAGACGUGAGUUGUUGUGGAAGAAAUAUCGAUUUGUGUGCGGAUGCGACGCUUGCACGCAAAACUGGAAAUUUCCGCCGUCCGAAACGAUCGCACUUUACAAGUGCAGAUCGUGUUCGGAACCGAUGGAUUCCUCGAGCGCGACAGGUGACGCCCAGGUGACGAGCCAGACGUGCGCGAGAUGCGGGAAAGUCAACGACGUGAGAAAAAUCGCGAAACAGCUUCACAAAUCGAUUCGGAUGAGAGUGAACGCCAUCGCUAAGAUGUAUCAGGGUAAUUACCGAGACGCGAUGCCUUUGCUGUUCGAGCACGCGCAAUUCGUUAACAAACACCUGGCCGAGCCGAACAUCGAGAGCGUCAAGACGGGACAGUGCAUCGUCCAGUGCUACAAUUCUCUCGGCUCCACUUCCGUGCAAUAAAAAUCCCCUCAACUACGAGCGUCAAUUGAACGAUUAUUUAAAUUUUUUUUUCUUUUUAUUGUUCGAUUCUGUGAAAAAUACAAUACAAUCCGUUAACAACAACGUUUACUUCUGGAUCUUCUAGGGAAAAACGUUUCAUUACUUGGAGCUUGACUCACCAAAAAUGGUUCUUCAUUCGUAAAAUGGCGUUCUUAUUAACGACUAGCAUAACACGAGGUGAUGCGAGAAUCAAACUGAACUUAAUCAAGCACCGUAACAAUGUGCGCGUGCUCUCGUGUGAUACACGAUACAUUACACAAUUCUUCGGAAAAGAUUAUCCAAAAAAAAAAAAAAAAAAAAAAA